AUGUUAUUGGCUUUAUUAGCCAAAAAUAAGUUAGGGUUUGUUGAUGGCUCCAUAUCUGACCUGGAUCCAGUCUCUAUUGAUUUGCUUGGUGCUUGGACAAGAACCAAUAAUCUUGUAAAUUCUUGUAUCUUGAACUCAGUCUUAGAAGAUAUUGCUACUAGUCUUUUGUAUUACACAACUGCUACUGUUGUUUGGAAUGAUCUUGAAGAACGUUUUCAGCAAACAAAUGGACAAAGAAUCUUUUCCUUAAUAAAAAAGAUAGGUGAACUGGUUCAAGGGUCCCUAACAAUGCUAGAUGAACAUGAAAAGGAGUUAGCCAUGCAAUUCUUGAUGGGUCUGAAUGAGUCUUUUGCUCAAGUGAGAGAUAUUGCAUUUCAUGAAGGCAUAAUUCCUUUUCAUAGCAUAUCAUCUUCUGGCUCAGUUGUUGAUCCUUUUCAUAACAUUUCAUUGCCUAUUGUUCUUUAUGAUAGUGUUUCCUACGAUGCACCACAAUCUGCUUCAUUCUUGGAUGAGUCUAAUCCUUAA